CUCCCCCAUCUUCUUCCUCCUUCCCCAACCCCAAGAACCCAUCUCCCAUCAGUCCACCAUCACUCCUCCCCUUCCAUCCAUCCAUGUCCUGAUGCCUCCUUCUCCCUCUCCGUCCUCCUCUCCUCCCUUUCCCCCUCACCUCUGAUGCAACUGCGCCUACCUCCUCCCCUGGCCGUGCCCUGCUCCUCCUCUGUUCGCCAUUCUUGACGGUCCAAGGAGCCCGUGCGACCCUGAUCCGAUCCCUCCAGCUCCUCCCCGCUACGCAGAUCGCGGGGUGCUGCUAGCGAGAGGAUCCUGCUCGCUGGUGUGUACUCUGCUGCUGCGGAUUCAUUGCUGACAGCGCGCACUCCUUUUGUCGCUCCGCCAUGGAUGACGGUGUACGGAGCAUGGCGGAGUGCGUGGGUGCUGGCGGCGGCGGUGGCCGGAACAACCUCUUCCGCACCCUUGGACCGGCGCUCUUCAUUUCUAUGGGGUACAUCGAUCUCGGGAAGUGGGUAACGUCGGUGGACGCUGGCUCUCGCUUCGGGUACGAUCUCGUGCUGCUGGUGCUGCUCUUCAACUUCUCCGCCGUUCUCUGCCAGUACCUCUCCAUCUGCAUCGGCAUGGUCACCGAGAAGAAUCUUGCCCAGAUUUGCUGCCAGGAAUACAGUCAGCCAACUUGUGCCGGUCUCGGUAUUCAGGCAUUACUGUCCUUGUUAACUGCAGAAAUUACCAUGAUUUCAGGCAUAGCACUUGGGUUCAACCUUGUAUUCGAAUAUGAUGAUGUUCUCACAGGCAUAUGGUUUGCAAGUGUUGCGGUUAAUCUGCUACCAUACGCACUCUCGCAUCUGGACAAGAAGAUGGCUGGAACUUUAAACGCCUGCAUAGCGGGCCUUGCACUUGUUUGUUUCGUGCUCGGUUUAUUGGUUAGUCAACCAAAAGUUCCUCUCGAUAUGAAUGUGAUGUUCCCCAAGUUGAGUGGUGAAAGUGCGUACUCCCUCAUGGCACUUCUGGGUGGAAAUGUAAUAGUGCACAACUUCUAUGUCCAUUCAUCAUUUGUACAGGCUCAAAAAAGAUCUCCAGUUACCCUUGGGGCUCUAUUUCAUGACCACCUUGUUUCUAUCUUGUUUAUUUUUUGUGGGGUUUUUCUUGUGAACUAUGUUCUUAUGAGCUCAGCAGCAGUUGGACCUGGUAAUACGCUGCUCCUGACCUUUCAAGAUGUUGUUGAGCUAAUGAGUCAGAUAUUUAUGAAUCCUGCAGCACCACUUUUGUUCUUAGUGAUUCUACUCCUUUCGAGCCACAUCAUCUCCUUGUCAUCUAUUAUUGGUAGCCAUGCAAUUGCAGAUAAUUUCUUUGGUAUAACCCUUCCUCUUUCUGCGCACCAUCUGCUACUCAAGGUUUUUGCCAUGAUUCCUACGAUCUACUAUGCAAAGAUUGUAGGCUCAGAAGCGAUAUAUCAGCUACUUGUCAUCUGCCCAGUUAUCCAGGCUAUGAUCCUUCCUUCGUCUGUUAUACCUGUUUUCCGUGUUUCCUCGUCGAGAUCAAUAAUGGGCAGCUACAGAAUAUCUUCAUCAGUUGAAAUAUUGGCCUUUCUUGCAUUUCUUCUUAUGCUGUUUACAAAUGUCAUUUUUGUUGCGGAAAUCCUGUUUGGUGAUAGCACCUGGACAAACAACAUGAAAGGGAACACUGGGAGCCCUGUGGUACUUCCAUAUACUGUUAUAGUCCUAAUUUCGUGUGCAUCUCUUGCUUUUACGCUGUUCCUGGCUGUUACUCCACUAAAGUCAGCAAGCAAUGAAGCUGAAACCCUGGAGUUGUUUGUUCACUCUCAGAGAGAACCAUUGGGCACUACUCAUCACAUAGAAGAGGCUUCACGAGAAGAUAUAGCCCAUGAAGAAGUUCAGAGGCCUUCUAUUGAUACUGUUCUCAGGGAUCCAGUAGAAAUUCAUCAGAAAUCAGCUUUGGAGCACACUGAAAGUUCUGACACCACUGUAGAGUCUGAUCAUGACACUCAACAAUCAACUGAUUAUAAAUUGAAUACUCCUAAAGCUCAACCUUCACUACCUGUCUACCAUGAAGAGCCCAAACCAGUUUGUGUGGCUGAUUGGGCAGAGUCAGUGCCAAAGGUAUCCACUGCCACUGCAGUAGAACAUAUUAAUGCAGAGAACAUCAAAGCAAAGAGUACAACUGAAAAAGAUGUUGAAGUAGUACCAGAAGUUUGCACGGAAAGGGAUAAUGUUGCCUCACAUAAUUUGGAACACGAGAAGUCUGCUGCAUGCAGAGCACCUGUCAGUCCUGAUGGUCCACCAUCUCUUACUUUUAGCAGGGCAAAAGACUCUGAGGCUGGUAAUGGCAGUGGCAGCCUCUCGACACUGUCUGGUUUGGGCCGUGCUGCAAGGAGGCAGUUAGCAGCAACUCUUGAUGAGUUCUGGGGGCAUCUUUUUGAUUAUCACGGUAAGCUUACGCAAGAUGCUAAUGAUAAAAGAUACAGCUUUUUGCUCGGACUGGACUUAAGAACAGCUAGUUCCGCUGUGAGGAUAGAUAAUCAAACCAUUGAAGCUUUGAAGAGCCCCUUGAUGAGAGAUGCGGUGCGAGGAUCGGCUACCUCACUGAACUCAUGGGACUCAAUGUCUCGAGAUAAGGAACUCCGCAACCUAGACUGGAAUUCUGGGCAUCAGAUGGGUGCAAUGGGUUCAUCUAACUGGUCUCAGAGCAUGAAUUUACCUUAUACAGACCUUUCAAGUCCAAGCAGCAGCUUACUUGAGCAAAAUGCAAAAUAUUAUUCAAAUUUUAAUGUGCCAUCUUAUUCUGAUAAUCAGUUCUAUCAGCCUGCUACCAUUCAUGGGUAUCAGCUGGCAUCUUAUUUGAAAGGGAUAAAUGCAAGUAGAAGUCAGCACUCCAACAUUCCCCUGGACCCACGGCGAGUUCCUAGAUCUUCUGAAUCUUCUUUUCCUAACUAUGCCGACUCUGCUAUGCAUGCCCGUAGCCAAACUGUGCGUGGUUCGCUGGGAGCUAACUCUUUGCAAAGCCCAACGAUGAACCGUUUAAAUGCAAUGGCAGAGAGACCCUAUUAUGAUUCUACCUCUAUUGAUGAAAGCGAGAGUGUUGGCUCACCUGCAUACUCAAAGAAGUACCACAGUUCGCCUGACAUAUCUGCAAUGAUUGCUGCAAGCAGAAAGGCUUUGUUGAACGAAGCGAAUUUGGGUGGUAUUGCUGGAAAUCAGUCAUAUCUAAGUAAGUUAGCAUCUGAAAGAUCGCAAUAUAUGGAUUCGGCAGCGAGGUCCAAAGCACAAAUUGAAUUUAAUGAGCGCUCACAACAUAAUCUCCAGAGAGAUGUCCUUUCCAUGCAGUUGAGUAUGAACCCAAACACUAAAUCACUUUGGGCCCAACAGCCGUUUGAGCAAUUGUUCGGUGUUUCAAGUGCGGAAUUGAGUAAGAGUGAGAUGAAUACAGGCCAGAGGUCAAGUGGCAUCACAAAGGAUGAUUCCUCUUACGCAGAGUGUGAGGCCGAACUUCUUCAAUCGCUUAGAUUAUGCAUCAUGAAAAUCUCGAAAGUGGAAGGAUCAGGAUGGCUCUUUAGGCAAAAUGGUGGUUGUGAUGAAAGUUUAAUUGAUCAAGUUGCGGCAGCUGAGAGAUUUUCACAAGAAACAACUGAGAAUCUAUUGUCAGCUGAUCUUCGACGCAUGCCUUCUGAUAAAAGCUCACAGACACUUCGAAGGAAUGAUGAGAGAGCUACCAAUUGCAUGCGUGGGCUACCUAACUGUGGUGAAAAUUGUGUUUGGCAGGCUCCCCUGGUUGUUAGUUUUGGUGUCUGGUGUAUCCGUCGGGUACUGGACCUGUCCCUUGUGGAAAGUAGACCAGAACUUUGGGGCAAGUACACUUAUGUUCUUAACCGUCUCCAGGGAAUCCUUGAACCUGCAUUUUCCAAGCCCCGGAAACCUCCCACUGGGUGCACAUGCCUUCAGACUGCAGGCCCGAUUUCCAGACCCAUUUCUUGCAGCUUCACUACUGCAACUGUGAUCUUGGAGACGAUCAAAGAUGUCGAGCAAGCUAUCUCUGGACGGAAGGGUCGAAGUGGAACAGCAGCAGGAGACGUGGCUUUUCCCAAAGGGAAGGAGAACCUGGCUUCCGUGCUCAAGCGAUACAAGCGUAGGCUGUCGAGCAAGCCAUCUGCUGGACAGUAGUAUGCCGCCAAAGCUUAUUUUUGCUUGUUUUGUAGGGUUUCUGGCACUGUUCUAGGCGGGGUGCCAUUUUCCUGAUUCUCAAGUCUUGGUUUUUUUUCGUUGCACCACACGACGUUCCCAGGGCCUGAGAGCUCCUUUGACCUUUUUGGGCCCUUCAGUUUUUGCAUGUAAUGUUUUGACAGGGGCCAAGGAUGAAGGGUAACCAUGUUUGCCGCAAUGGCGGUGUGUAAGCAAAACGCAAUCAGCGUUGUAAAGCAACUGGGCUACUUUUUUUGGCCUCUUGUGCCAUAUGUGACUUUGUAGAGAGGUUAAAGUGACAUGCAACAAGGAGUCCAAACAACUACUGCUAACCUUUGUUUUGAUUGCUCCUUUCGUCAAGACAUUGAAAAUAUGAAUUGAGAUGUAAUUCUCAUGUGA